UCGCAUGACAUAAAUAUAUACGAAUUUAAUAUUAAUUUUUUUAUGCGGCAAUAGCGGCGAAACAUGAUUUUGUAGGAUCGAUGAAGCCAAAUCUUCUUCUCUUCACGGAUCUACAGGUUCUCGGCAGUAAAUUCCAUUGAUAAACUCGAGGAGAGAGAGAGGGGAAUUGAAAUUUUCCUAGAGGGAGGAGAGAGAGAGAAAGAGAGAGAGAGAGAGAGAGAAUGAUAGCAGGUUUUACUGCUGGGAAGCCGGUGAGGGAGUCUCUCUCCUACGUUGGAACUUCGUGCCGGUUUCUCACCGUCUCUGUGUUGCCAAUGGGAGACGCGUUUAUGGGGAAAAUCUAAUGAGUGAUUUCUUGUUUGAGGAAAUCAAUUAAUGACAGCAAGAUGAGGUAAUUAAGAGUCACAGUGGCGGUCGAACUCUGCACUCUACUGGGGUGGGCGGAGGGAAGCGUGUUAAUGGAAGGCUCUCCGAGGAGAGUGUUAAAGAGUUGAUGGCAUUUAAUGAAGGAUUACACUUCUUCACGAGCUCUGCCCAUACUGUUUCCUAUAAAUUAAGAGCCCUCCCGCUCUACCCCCUCUCUCUUCCUCUCUCUCUAACACACACACGCACACACACAGAGUCUGUAUCAGAAGUAACGCUGCUGAGUUAGAGAGAGAAACAGAAAGAAAUCGAAACUAAAGGGCGCAAAGGUUUGUGGCGUAAGAACUAACUCGUGAAUUCGGCGCGUGGAUGUCCUGAUUUUCAGAUUUUUUGCUCUUGCUGCCUCUCUAGCUCCGCCCCCCCGAUAAGGUUCUCUCUCUCUCUCUCUCUCUCUCUCUCUCUCUCUCUCUCUCUGUGGAAAUUUGGGGAUUUGGUGAUGAAGAUACGCAACUCUUCUCUAUUACUUGAUGGGUUGAUCCAAAUGGGUUUUUGCUCAAAAUUUCUGGGUUUCGUUUAGUUUUUUAGCUCCAGGUGCUUAACUGAAGUGGGCAUGAACUGAACGAGCUUGCCCUUUGCUCGGUUUUUGAACUCGCUGGAUAUGAUUUGAUGGGUUAUUAUCUUUAAUUGGAUUUGCCUCUUGUUUUCUGAAUCCGGAUUGCGUUUUUUUUUCCUCCUCCUUUUCCGACAUUAGCUAGUAGUGUUUUAGAAGUUCUUUUUUCAGAUGACUAUUAUUUGGCAAGUAGACAUGUUUUAUAUUUGCUGUGCCUGCUGAAUUUAUGGAUCUAGCACGAAAAAUUGAGGAUUUAGCUUGCUCGAGUGAAGUACUCUCUGGGUCUCUGUUUCUUUAUUAAAACUAUCCUUUCUUCUGUACAAUUGUUGGUGUGAGGAAUUCACGUCGGAUAUGUCAAGGCCUCUACAGCGAGGGGUGUCAGGGUUACGGAUCUCUGGGAACAGCCUUGAUUCGUGGGACUCUCAAAUGAAAGACAAGACAGAAAAGGAGGAUGUUGAUGGGAGGAGUUCUGAUCAAGCAUAUUUUUCUUUAAAAUUUCCCCUUCAUUUACUUUUCCCAGAUAAUUCUUCUUCGAGAAAAAGCAUUGGUGAGAAUGGUUUUCCGUCGGAUACUCUUAACAUGGGAACUGCAAGAUAUCGGCGUAAUAUGACUUUGUUUUUCCUAAAGAUCAGUUUAAUUGUGAUUGUACUUCUUGCUAUUACUGUAUCCUUUUGGUGGACUAUUUCCAUUUCAACCUUGUCAAGAGGUCACAUAUUUCGUGGUUAUAGACGGCUUCAGGAGCAACUUGUGUCGGAUCUGUCAGAUAUCGGCGAGCUCUCUCUUGGUCCAGCAAGAUUGAAAGAACUGGAGUUUUGCUCUCAAGAGUGUGAAAAUUUUGUUCCCUGCUUCAAUAAAACAGAAAAUCUUGCUUCAGGUUAUGCUGAGGGCGAGGAGUAUGAUCGCCAUUGCAGACAUGGAUUAAGGCAGAAUUGCUUGGUUCUUCCACCUGUAAAUUACAAAAUUCCUCUUAGGUGGCCCACUGGGAGAGAUAUCAUUUGGGUUGCAAAUGUUAAAAUUACUGCACAAGAAGUGCUUUCAUCUGGAAGCUUCACGAAGAGGAUGAUGAUGCUGGAAGAAGAGCAGAUUUCCUUCCGUUCUGCAUCUCUUAUGUUUGAUGGCAUUGAAGACUACUCGCAUCAAAUUGCAGAAAUGAUUGGUCUGCGAAAUGAAUCAAACUUCAUACAAGCUGGGGUUAGAACCAUCUUGGAUAUAGGAUGUGGUUAUGGUAGCUUUGGAGCCCAUCUAUUUUCACAGCAACUCUUGACAAUGUGUAUUGCGAACUAUGAGGCUUCAGGAAGUCAAGUUCAAUUAACCCUUGAAAGAGGUCUUCCAGCUAUGAUUGGUUCAUUUUAUUCAAAACAGUUGCCAUAUCCAGCACUUUCCUUUGAUAUGAUACAUUGUGCACGAUGCGGUGUUGACUGGGAUCUAAAAGAUGGUAUUCUCUUGAUUGAAGUUGAUAGAGUGUUGAGACCUGGUGGAUAUUUUGUCUGGACUUCUCCACUUACCAAUCCUCAGGGCUCUCUUCGUAAUAAAGAAAACCAGAAAAAAUGGACUUUUAUUCGCAACUUCGCAGAAAAUCUAUGUUGGGACAUGUUGUCUCAGCAAGAUGAAACUGUUGUAUGGAAAAAGACCGUUAAAAGAAGUUGUUAUGCUUCUCGGAAACCUGGUUCAGGUCCUUCUUUCUGCAGCAAGGGCCAUGAUGUUGAGUCUCCAUAUUAUCGACCACUCCAAGCCUGCAUAGGAGGAACACAGAGCCGCCGAUGGAUUCCUAUUGAGGACAAGACAACCUGGCCUUCUAGGGCUAAAUUGAACUCCACUGAACUUAGAAUACAUGGUGUGCAUACUUACGACUUUUCUGAGGAUACAUUAAACUGGAAUUUAGCGGUUCGAAAUUAUUGGUCUCUUCUCUCACCGCUAAUAUUCUCUGAUCAUCCAAAGAGACCAGGGGAUGAGGAUCCUCUUCCACCUUUUAACAUGCUCAGAAAUGUGUUGGACAUGAAUGCUCAUUUUGGAGGUUUCAAUUCUGCCUUAUUGGAAGCAGGGAAAUCUGUGUGGGUGAUGAAUGUAGUCCCUACAAGUGGGCCUAACUACCUUCCCUUAAUCUUUGACAGGGGAUUUGUUGGUGUAUUGCAUGACUGGUGUGAAGCAUUUCCAUCAUAUCCCAGAACGUAUGAUAUGGUGCACGCUGAAGGACUUCUUGCACUUGAAACUGGUCGGCAGCGCAGGUGCACAAUGCUUGAUCUAUUUACUGAGAUAGAUCGGUUGCUUCGUCUAGAGGGAUGGGUUAUACUACGCGAUACAGCUGCUCUGAUUGAGUCAGCAAGAGCUCUCGCCACGCGACUGAAAUGGGAUGCACGAGUGGUGGAGAUUGACAGUAAUAACGAUGAGAGGCUGCUUGUCUGCCAGAAACCCUUUUUCAAGAGACAAACGAGCUAAAUUAUGAAAAUUUGAAGGAAGAGGAAACCAAGAAAGUAUAACAAUAUAUUCUUAUUCAUUUUGUGGAUGUUAAAUUAAUCACCAUAAAGUCCCAACAAUAGAGGGGAAUCCUAGUUUCCGACACGGAUGAAAGAAACCAGAAAAGAACAGUGAAGAGAAAAGAAAUGGGUAUAGUGGAGACAACCACAACUCCUCCUAUGGAGCCGUAAGGCGGACAUAGGGCCUUGUAAUUAUGCAGUUGAAGAGCGUGCCGAGCGAGCCAAAGGUAUAGGAUUAUAUUUAAAUUUUCCAUGUAAUGUCCUAUACAGAAUAUACCAUCAUUUGAUAGUUUUUAUUUUGAAGAUGUUCUACAGAAUAAACAAAGUGCUCUACUUGCUUUGCAAUAUAGAAUGCUUGGCAGU